AUGCUUGAGUUCCUGUUUAAUACCGACAGCAACCUCCUCGUCGGAGCGGGUGUGGCUGUAGGUGCUGCAAUUAUCAUCAAGUACAUGAAUGUACGAGCGGAUAUAGCGCAACAACGAGCGUAUGAGGCGGCCAAGGCGCGACAGGAGAUGCUCAAGGCAGAGCGCGAAAAGCCUGUUACGCGGCGCUUUUAUACACCGGAAGAGCUGCUGCCUUUCAACGGCGAAAAUGGCCGGCCCAUUUACAUAGCCAUUCUUGACGAAAUUUAUGAUGUGAGUCGCAAGCGUGAUUUUUACGGUCCAGGGGAGGGCUAUCACUUGUUUGCUGGCCGGGACGCGUCACGUGCACUAGCGAAAAUGUCGUUUGAGAAAGAGGAUCUGGAGAGUAAUGAUCUGUCGGAUCUAAGUUUUAUGGACAAGGAGACGCUAAACGAUUGGGUCGCUAAAUUUAGCGUCUACAAUAGCUACCCAAACGUUGGGCGUGUGCUACGCCGCCGCGACCUGACGCUUGAACAGUUGCGUCAAUUUAAUGGCGUCGACAAUCCUCGCCAGAUCGUAUAUGUGGCUGUUAAGGGCAACAUUUAUGAUGUGACGCUAGAUGGUCUGAAUCACUAUGGACCUGAUGGUGGCUACAAACAAUUUGCUGGCCGUGACUGCUCACGCUCGCUCGCUUGCAUGUCCUUUGUGGAUGAGUACCUUGACAAUCCAACGCUGGAAGGCCUUACGGAAAAGCAGCUGGAGACGCUCAAUAAAUGGGAAGAUAAGUUUAAGGAAAAGUACCCAGUCGUGGGCAAGAUUAUCAAGUAG